GGAGUGUUGAGACGCGUGGAGACCGAGACUGGCACCGCGUCUGUGUGAAGGUGGAGAGGCUGGGAAACGACUGGAGCACAAGCGAGGCAGAGCUUCACUGUCUGUGGCCCUCUGUCCCCUCGUCCUCGAUGCCUGCAAAAACACAUCGCCCUGCCGAUAACACGGACGCGGAGCGAUCGAGGGAGACGCCACUGCUGUAGCGCCAGAACCGGAGAGAUGUGCGCGAUCCAGCCAUUAUGAAGAUACAAUUGAACAAAGUAUCAGAUCUUCAGAUCCAUCGGGCCAGUCUUCAGUAACUAAACGAAACUGGACUCCCUGAUAGCCAUCAAUCACUUAUCAGAACUCGAUUCGGCUUUCGCUCAUCCACUGCUCUAAAUGAGUGUCUCAGACAGCAAGAUCAGGGCUGGGGUGCACACCAGAACCCACACAGAAUGUCCUGGAUCAACCGCUUCCUAGUGGCCAGAGUGGAUGACCGCAAGACCGCGUGGGGCGAGCGCAAUGGCAAGAAGUCCAAGCGCAAGGUUGGCUCCUCUCUCUGUAACCCACGCUACAUGAGCUGCCUGCGGGACGUGGAAGCCAUGGAGCCUCCUCCCCAGCCGCCCCAUGCUCAGGCCACCCGGUCUGGAGGAGGAAACUUCGGCGUACGCUGCGGAUGGCAAGAAGACCACUAUGGGAAAGUAGGAAGUGGAGGGGAGGGUGUGGGGCUUAAAUCUGUGGACCUGGGUUUCAAGGACGGCGAGAUCAAGGGGAGAAAAGGGAAUGGCUCGGGUUGUGAUGGCUCCAGCGAUGACACGGCCAGCGGCGCGGGGUCAGUGACGGCGGAGGACUGCUGGCAGCGGGUGGUUCGCGUGUUCCAAUCCAAGAAGUUCCAGUCGCGCAAACUGGAGCGUCUAUACCAGCGCUACUUCUUUAGGCUCAACCAGAGCUCACUCACCAUGCUGAUGGGCGUCUUGGUGAUCGUUUGUGGUGUCAUGCUCACCUUCCACUGCAUCCACGGGCCGCCCGAUGUGGUCUACGCCUGUGUGCUCUCCGUGGCCAUGGCCCUGUUCUUGGCCCUAAUGGUGGUAUGCAACCGAAACGGGUUCCACCAGGACUACAUGUGGAUGGUCAGCUACCUUGUGAUUGGGGUACUAAUCGUGGUGCAGGUGUUUGGGGUGCUGAUGGUGGCCCCCCGCAGUGCCUCCGAGGGGAUCUGGUGGUCCGUCUUCUUCAUCUACAUCAUCUACACGCUGCUGCCCGUGCGGAUGAGGGCGGCAGUGCUCAGUGGAGGAGUGCUGUCCUCCAUACACCUCAUCACCACGUGGAGGAUCAAUCAGGACGAUGAGUUCCUCUGGAAACAGCUGAGUGCAAACGUGUUGAUCUUCCUGUGCACCAACAUCAUUGGGAUCUGCACCCACUACCCAGCAGAGGUCUCUCAGAGACAAGCCUUUCAGGAGACGCGAGGCUACAUCCAAGCCCGACUGCACCUGCAAAGAGAGAACCAGCAGCAGGAACGCCUGUUGCUGUCUGUUUUGCCAAGACAUGUUGCCAUGGAAAUGAAGGCUGACAUCAAUGCUAAAAAAGAAAACAUGAUGUUUCACAAGAUCUACAUCCAGAAGCACGACAAUGUCAGUAUUUUGUUUGCAGACAUCGAGGGAUUCACUAGUCUGGCAUCGCAGUGCACUGCUCAGGAGCUGGUCAUGACUCUAAACGAGCUGUUUGCCCGCUUUGACAAGCUGGCUUCGGAGAACCACUGCUUACGGAUCAAGAUCCUGGGGGAUUGUUACUACUGCGUGUCAGGGUUACCUGAGCCCAGAGCGGACCACGCUCACUGCUGCGUGGAAAUGGGGGUGGACAUGAUUGAAGCCAUUUCAUUGGUGCGAGAGGUCACAGGGGUCAAUGUAAACAUGCGGGUCGGGAUCCACAGUGGUCGUGUGCACUGUGGAGUUCUUGGAUUGAGAAAGUGGCAAUUCGACGUGUGGUCCAACGACGUAACGCUGGCCAACCACAUGGAGGCUGGAGGCAAAGCCGGGAGGAUCCAUAUCACUAAAGCUACUCUGCAGUACCUGAAUGGAGACUAUGAGGUGGAGCCAGGUUUUGGAGGGGAGAGAAACGCCUACCUGAAAGAGAACACCAUUGAGACCUUCCUAGUGUUGGGCUGCAGUCAAAAGCGGAAAGAGGAGAAGGCCAUGAUGGCUAAGAUGCAGCGCACGCGGACGAACUCUAACGAGGGUCUGGUGCCGCGGUGGGUACCUGACAGAUCCUUCUCCAGGACUAAAGACUCCAAAGUCUUCAGACAGAUGGGCAUUGAUGAAACAUCCAGCAAAGACAACCGUGGUGCUCAGGAGGCGCUGAACCCCGAGGACGAGGUGGACGAGUUUUUGGGCCGUGCCAUUGACGCUCGCAGUAUUGACCAGCUCCGCAAAGACCACGUGAAGAAGUUCCUCCUCACCUUCCAAACCUCCAGCCUGGAGAAGAAGUACGCUAAGAAAGUAGAUGAUCGUUUUGGCGGUUAUGUGGCCUGUACGCUGCUGGUCUUCUGUUUCAUCUCUUUUAUCCAGAUCGUCGUAUUCCCUCAUACUCUGGUCAUGCUGGGAAUAUACAUCAGUAUCUUCAUCAUUCUUGCCAACAUCCUCUUCAUCUGUGCCAUUUACUCCUGUGUAAAGCUCUUCCCUGCUGCUAUGCAGACCGUGUCCAAGAACAUCGUUCAGUCUCGCACCAACAGCACACUGGUGGGAGUUUUCACCAUCAUCCUCGUCUUCAUCUCUGCCUUUGUCAAUAUGUUUUCCUGUGAUACACAGAAGCUUGAGGACUGUGUAGCAGAGCGGUUUAACUGGUCGUCAGAGAUGGUGACUCCCUGUGUGAUUCACAGCUUGUCUCGCCCUGCAGCCGACGGCCUGAAUAUCUGUCCCAGCAACACUCCCUCCUGCCCCUUCCCUGAGUAUUUCAGCUACAGUGUGCUGCUGACCAUGUUGGCCUGCUCAGUGUUCCUGCAGAUCAGUAGUAUAGGGAAGCUGGCUUUAAUGCUGCUCAUCCAGCUCACCUUCCUGCUGCUUGUGGAGUGGCCAGAGGUGGCGCUGUUUGACAACGCAGACCUCUUCGUUACUGCCAACGCUCUUGUUUUCAAUGAAACUCUGCAAUGGUCCAAUCUCAAUACAACUACUGAGCAGUGUACUUUCAGGGUGACUAAAGUGUCCCUAAAGGUCAUGACCCCGGUGAUCCUCACUGUAUUUGUACUAGCACUGUACCUACAUGCCCAGCAAGUGGAGUCAACGGCUCGUCUAGACUUCCUCUGGAAACUUCAGGCCACAGAAGAAAAGGAGGAGAUGGAGGAGCUUCAAGCCUACAACCGCCGGCUCCUCCACAACAUCCUGCCCAAAGAUGUGGCCGCACACUUUCUAGCCAUAGAGAGGAGGAAUGACGAGCUGUACUAUCAGUCGUGUGAGUGUGUGGCUGUCAUGUUCGCCUCCAUCAGCAACUUCUCCGAGUUCUACGUGGAGCUGGAGGCCAACAACGAGGGAGUGGAGUGUCUGAGGCUCCUCAAUGAGAUCAUCGCUGAUUUUGAUGAGAUUAUCAGUGAGGAGAAAUACAGGCAGCUGGAGAAGAUAAAGACCAUUGGCAGCACCUACAUGGCCGCAUCUGGCCUUAACGACUCCACCUAUGACAAGGAAGGCCGCUCGCAUAUAACCGCCCUGGCCGACUAUGCCAUGCACCUCCGUGAGCAGAUGAAAUACAUCAAUGAGCAUUCCUUCAACAACUUCCAGAUGAAGAUCGGACUGAACAUUGGGCCAGUGGUCGCAGGAGUUAUUGGUGCCAGGAAGCCCCAGUAUGAUAUCUGGGGAAACACAGUAAACGUGGCCAGUCGGAUGGACAGUACAGGGGUCCCAGACUGUAUUCAGGUGACCACAGACCUGCACCAGGUGUUGGCCAGUAAAGGUUACCAGCUGGAGUGUCGAGGGGUCGUAAAGGUGAAAGGCAAGGGUGAGAUGACCACUUACUUCCUGAACGACGGACCUCCCAACAGUUAGCAGCGCACUAGAGUUCCUUUGGAUUCCCACAAUACCCUAGAGAGGAGGCUUGAUCGAGGCAAGCAGAAGACAAACAAGCAGCCAUUGCCUUCACUUGAAGAAAGUAAGAUUAUUGAAGAAAAACGAACCAGACUCCAGACUGGAGAGCCGUGGCGCUCAUGGAUAUGGCUGUGCACAUUGAAGGAUGAUUGUUUUUAAGCCUCUCCCUCAGGCUGCUUGAAAGAUGCAAAGUCUGUUUAUUUAAUAAAGGCCUUUACUUACCGAAGAAAAACGCUUUACAUAAGGCAUUAUCUCCA